CAGCAUGGCAGGAGCGGACGGCGAUGUGCUGCGGGCCGACCUGCACGAGGUCCUUGGCGCGGUCGUGGACGACGUGUCUGAGCACGACGCGGGCUUCCACAUGUCCAAGAACCUCCAGAGCCUCCAGGCGCUGUACGAUGGCGACGCCAAUUGCUACCUCCACGCGCUGCAACUGGCGCUCGUCGGGCCUCUCAAGCACGACGGCCGCGGCCGGUCGAGCCAGGACAUUGAGCGCCUCCUUCGCAUUGUCAGCGCCGUGAGCUACGCGCCGGGCGACUUUGCGCGCUUCGUGCGCUUUGCGCUGCGCGGCUGCGAGGCCGAGGACCGCAACGUCCGCUUCCACUGCACGCAGCUCACGGGCCAUUUGCUCGGCCACGCUACCGACAUCUCCGACGAACUCUGGGAGGACGUGGCCAAGAUCAUACUGCAGCGCGCGAAAGACAAGUUCCCUACCAUCCGCGCCGCGAGCGUCGUCGCCUUGCAGCUGCUCCAAACGCUCUCCGUCGACGACGUCGAAGCGAUCUCUACCGCCGUGCUGCGCCUCGCCGUGACCGACCCGAGCAAGGAGGUCCGUGUUGCCGCCACGGAGAAGGUCGCCGUGCUCAAUACGUCGAUCGGCGACCUCUUGAUCCGCGUCCGCGACGUCUCGCCCGACGUCCGCGCGACCGUCUUCAAGGUGCUCGCCACGGUCGACACGGCUGCGAUCCUGUCACCGUCGGACCGCGUGCACAUGCUGGACCAGGGCAUGAACGACCGCGACGAGAGCGUCGUCUCGGCGUGCCAGGACAUGGUGCUCGCGUGGCUGCGCCGCGUGAACGGGUCGCCCGUCGAGCUCUUGUCGCAGCUCACGAUCGAGAAGGCGCCGGCCGUGUGCUCGUCGCUCUGUCGAUGGCUCCUCAAGACACACGCGACCGACCUCUCGACGCCCAAUAUCAAGGACAAGGCGCUCUUUGGGAGUGCCCUUAGCGUCGCCGACGCCUUCUUCUGGAAGGAGCAAUGUCAGUACUAUCAAAGUAUCAAGCACGACGAGAUGCUCGAGCUGCUUUUGCCGACUAUCUCGUCGUACUGCGAUCUGCUCCGGCACCUCCACACCUCGCUCGCCGACGCCGUCGACGAGGCCGAGAAGGACCAAGUGCUCGUCGUCGGGCAGUACGUGCUGCAGCUGGGCGUCGCACUGGACUUUCAGGACGAGGUCGGGCGCCGCCAGCUCAUCCACCUUCUCCGAACGUUCUUCCAGUCGAUCGCGUUCGAGUCCAAGUGGCUCCAUGACGCAGUCAUGCUGCUCGCGAUGAUCUGCCGGUCGACCGAGUUUGAGUUUGUCCAGUACAUGACGGAGAUCACGAGCGACCUCUACGACCAAAUGCAAGAGAUGGACUCGAUGAGCCUCGAGACGCGGACCGAGCUCACGGAGCGCCUCGACGCUGUCGACGCGCAGCUCGAAGACGAGUCGCUCUCGCCACAGGCGUACGACGCCCUCUCGGCCGAAGCGCUCGCCCUCGAGAAGCAGCUCGAAGAGCCCAAGACGCUGCAGUGGCUGCGCUGCCUCGAGCUCGCGGCCAAGCUCCUCCAGUUUACGCGCCAGAACCUGCGCAACGCGACGAUCGCCGGCGUCCUGCACAUGAUUCUGCCCGCGAUCGACAGCGACAUCCCCGCGCUCCGAGAGAAAGGCCUCGAAGGCCUCGGGCUCUACUGCCUCCUCGACCGCCACAUGGCGGCCAAGCACGCGAUUGUGUUUUGGCGUGUCCUCAACGCCGACGACGAAGACGGCGACUCGAAGCACGUGUGCAUCCAAGUUCUCCUCGACUUUUUCACAGCGUUCAAGCAGUUUGAAGUGCUUCCGGUGGUCGAGGACGACGAGGUUGUCACGUCGCGCGUGAUCCUCGACGGCCUCGCAACCUACUUUUGCGUCGACCAGCGCGAGCUCGACGAGUGGGACCUGCCGACGCAGACGCUCGUGGUCCGCGGCUUCAUCAAGCUCUUCCUGCUCGGCCGCAUCCAGGACCUCGAGACGCUGCAACACCUCUUGGAGCUCUACUUCCACCCGUUCCUCAAGGAAAUGGUCAUCUCGGACGAGCACGGCUUUUGCUCCGAGACGCUGCAGAUGCUCACAGUGUUUUACCACGCGGCCGACUGCGCUCUCAUCAGCAGCGCGAGCCACCACGUGCUGUCGCGCGCGCUCUAUGGCGUGUCGUCGGUGCCGUUUGCCGAGGCGGCGCCGUACCUGUUGCAGCUCUUGCAGCACCCGCGGCGGGACGGCUCCUGCGACAUCAACCACCACAACAAGGUGGCGAUCUGGGUCUGCGUCGAGAUGCUCGCGUUGCACGAAGUCACCAACGUGAUUGCGCGCGCGUCCAAGAAGCAGUUCCUGCACCAGUGGUGGACGCUGCUCCAGAACCUCGAGUGGUCGGUCGACGCGCCAGCCAACGACGACGAGACCGAAGACGACGACGACGCGCCGAUCGCACGUAGCCGCAAACGAGACGACGUCAAGGUCGAAGCAGGUGUCUCUGCGCAUGACGCACCGCCGACCGAUGACGCGCCGCCGACCGAUGACGCGCCGCCGACCGACGACGUGCUGCUCUACAUCUUGCUCGAUGAAGUGUGCACGCUCGUGCCCGAGAAUGCAAAGCUCAAGGCCAAGAUGGCUGCCGCGUUUGGCGAGUCGUUCAAGUGCGAGCUCACGGAUGCGAUUCAAACUUGGAUGGUCAACGCCGUCGGGACGCGCAAGGACGUGCUGAGCAAGGGCGUGUACAAGCGCGGCAUGCAGUACCGCGCGGCGCCCAAGCGCGAGGCCAACGACAGCGUCACGGAAGAGGAGGAGCUCGGGAGCGACGCGAUCGAGAGCGACGAGAGCGACGGCGAGAGCCGCAAGUCGCGCAAAACGCGCACCAAGGCGAGUGCGGCGCCGACGCGGGCGACGACGGCGCGUCAGUCCAAGAGCGCCGCCGCGGCCAAACUCAAAGCGUCGAUUUCGAGCGACGAGGCGUCGGCCAUUGAGAUUGAGGACGACUCGUCUGCGAUUGAGAUUGAGGAUGACGAGGAAGACGAGGAGGAAGAGACCAAAGACGCGGAAGAGAAGAAGACGCCCGUCAAGAUGGAAGCCACGGACGACGGUGACGAGAACGCGUCGAUGGGCGACGAUGACGACGACGCGUCGAUGAGCGACAACGAGUGAGCACUGUUGUCGUCGUAAUGAAUGCUGUGU